CGUCUGUUAUAUCUGUGACCACCACCGUAAUAUUAAUUUAUUUCGUCUCUUUUUGCCCAAUUUCCAAAGGCACUUUCUCUCUCCCCCUUCUGCAGAAUUUUCAUGGCGGAAAUGUGAAUCGAAGAGCCUGAGCUGCGCUGAGCUGACUGUACUGUGUUUCCUCUUCUCUCUGUUGCUGAGUAAGCUAGGGUUUGGUAUUGUGUUGGUUUCAAUAUGCCUUUGACGAGGUACCGGGUGAGGAGCGAGUAUGGAUUGGCGGAUCCUGAGCUGUAUAAAGCUGCCGAUAAAGAUGAUCCAGAAGCUCUAUUGGAAGGUGUGGCCAUGGCUGGCCUCGUCGGCGUCUUGCGCCAGCUCGGAGACCUAGCGGAGUUUGCUGCUGAAAUAUUCCAUGAUUUGCAUGAAGAAGUAAUGGCGACUUCUGCAAGAGGUCAUGGUUUAAUGGUUCGUGUUCAACAAUUAGAAGCAGAAUUUCCUCCAAUUGAGAAGGCACUAUUGUCCCAAACUACUCAUUCAUCAUUUUUCUGCAAUUCAGGUGUUGAUUGGCAUCCUAAUUUGCGCUCUGAACAAAAUCUGGUGGCCCGUGGAGAUUUGCCUCGCUUUGUAAUGGAUUCAUAUGAAGAGUCUCGGGGCCCACCACGGUUAUUCCUUUUGGACAAGUUUGAUGUUGCGGGAGCUGGAGCAUGUUUGAAGCGUUAUACUGAUCCAUCAUUCUUCAAAGUGGAUGUAGCAUCUGGAAUGACAACAGGAGAGGCUCAUCGUGAAAAGAAAAACCGUAAAGUGAAGCAGAAGAAAGGAAUGCGCUGGAGGAAUGGGGAAACGACCCCUGAAGUUGCUCCAACAUCACAUGCAAAACUGCAUCAGUUGUUCCUGGAGGAGCGUAUUGAGAAUGGUCAUAGUGACUCUGCACGUCUGGUUAAAUUGAAGAGAAAACAGAUAAAUGGAUCUGCAGUUGAUUCCAAGACAGGGAAAAGUUACAUGGAGAGGUUUGUAGAGACUCCACCUGAGCGUGAACUGGCCUGUGAAACUUCUUUUACUCCAGCACUCGUAACAUCAUCAGGCUAUACAAGUGAACCAGGGAUUAGAAUACUUGAAAUCAGUACAGUAAGUCCUGCAGAAAGGUCACCAAGGAAUAGAAGUGCAAGUUCAUCACCUAAUGUCCACGAGGUUGCAUUAAGCCAAUCUGUGAAUGGUUAUGACAAGGAGGUAGUUGGUAGAGAAAUUGUCAAGGUGCCUGAUACAACCUUUAAUGACGAGACUGCAAAAAGAUUUUCCCCUCUCCGCGCAGUGCAAGUUGAGAAGGCAAGUGUCCGAGAAGGCAAAAAUAAGAGGGGUGUCAAUGGGUAUGAAUCUGAUGAUAUGACCAGUGAGGUAGACAAUUACAUGGAUGCUCUUGCUAGCAUGGAGUCAGAAUUGGAAACAGACAAUGAGUAUAGGCAUAGUAGGAAUCUACGCUUUUUGACUGCUGCAAUGCAUGCAGCUGAUUCUGAUGCAAAUGAAGAACACCUUGAGUGUGUAGCUCAUCUUUCAGACACUCAAUCACUUGGGAACUUUUCUACAUCAGAUGAUGGGAAUAAUUCAUUCAAGAAAAACAGAUCAAGUUUCUCUUACUCUGAUACUCCAAGCAGUGUUGUUGAGAAUAUACCAUCAGAUUUUGAUGGAGAUGCUAAAGUAUCCCCUCCUGAAAUUUGUGGUACUGAAAUUGUAGAUAAGUCAACCAAUAAGUUCUCUGUAAUUGCAGAGCCUAUAGGAGCCAAAGAUGAUGAGUUUGUGGUGUCCCGUGACAUAUGCAUUGAGAAAGAAGGCAUUCCUGAUCAUGGAAAUGCAUCUAAUGGUGUCUUGCUUAAUAAUUUGUAUCCUAGCCCACUGCAGUUAGACCCUGGUGCUAGCUCAUUGACAACAGACUUAUCGGAUGGACCUCAAAUAGUUGAAACAUCCCCUGAAUGUAUCAACCCCAAUUCUGAAGUACCUGACACUGUUGAAAAUGGGACAACUAUGGUUGAGUCAUUACCUGUUGAUUUCCAAGAUUCCUCCCAAGAAAAUGAUGACAUGACAGAGACUUCUGAAAGAUAUAUUGUUAAUGAAUUGGAAGAUAAUCCUAAUGUCAUUUCUGAUGAUGCACUCCAUUUGUCAAACAUUUCAGAGCUAGAUUCUGGAAAGGAAAGCAGAGGCAAUUCUCUAAAUGAUGUAUCUCAAGCACUUGUUGAAGUUGAAGAUUCGAAUAAAAGUUUGGUCAGUGGUGAAAUUGAGUCACCGAGUAAUUCAAUCACAGAAAAGCAGCUCUGCUUCUCAUCAUUACCAGUCUCAGAAACUGAUUCUGCUAUGUCUGUAUUGCCUAACAAUUUUACUCUGUCUAGUGAUCAUUCUGAUGUGUCAGAAGCUGGAAAUGUGGUUUUGAAAGUGGGUGAUGCUGUUACAGCAAAUGGAGCCAACUUAGAAGAUUUACCUCCUACUAUGGAUACUGAAAAGAGCCAUAUCAAAGAGAUACCUUCUACUGUGGAUUCUCCGCAGACCCUUGGCUUAAAGGAGCUGCAGUUCUCAAUUUCAAGUGACAAUGUAUCUUAUUGUGAGGUCAUUUCUGCUGAAGCAGAAGUUUCACAUUCCAAGGAAAAACCAGAUGUUGAAGAGAUUUCUGGAACAGAGGCUUUUGAACCGAUAGGUCAGCCUAGAAGCUCUGGGGAUGCAGUUGGAACCAAUGUUGUUUCUCUGGAAUACCCAUCUGGAUAUCUAAGUGAUGCUGGUGGUGAUGAUCUUGCAAACUCGGAUACUGUGGUACAUGAAACAGUUGAAGUAGAAAAUGCAGCGGUUGAUUCUGCCGACUCUGCCAACAUUGUUGAUAACAGGUGCAAUGGUAUAUGUUUACCUCCUUGUACAGAAUGUUUUUCAUCAAGGAGUCCAACAAAUCUGCAACAAUAUCUAGAAUUUGUGGUUCCCCAACAAGAAGAGGGGGCAUUUGAUGUGGGAGUUUCUCCAGAAGAUGCCACGGAAUCAGCAGCACUGGAAAAAUUACAUCCUAUGAAAGCUGCUUCCUCAGGUUCUGGUUUGAACCCAAGUAUUCCAGAUUCUUAUGGUCAUUUCAGUUCUAAAAUUGCUGCUGCUGAUGAUGAUGUAUCCUCAGCUGAAAAGGCCCAGUACAGUGUGUCUGCCUCUGAUAUCACUGCAGUGUCACCAUCUUUUAAUCCAAACGAUCAGGAAUCAGAAUUUAGACCUUGUGAUGGUCAUCAUGUAGAUAGUGGAGAAGAUACUGUGUCUUUACCUACCUGUCCCCUUCCAGAGGCAAAAAUUUCUUCAGAGAAGUCAGCAAAGUUGCAAGCUGACCAGGCUGGUAUGGAUGAUUUGCUACGGUAUGAAGCAGGUAUUCAUCCAGAGACUCUUUUAGAGAAGUUUCUGAAGUUGCAAGCUGAUCAAGAUCGUGCAGAAUGUGUGGAAACAGAGGAUGCCGAUUCUCAUCCAGAUAUUCCUUCAGAAAAUUUGCACGUGGAAUGCCUGCAAGUAGACAGAGCAAGUAUAAACGCAUCAAGUCUUCCUUCAGAACAGAUCAUAUCUCCAAAACACUUUAGUCAAGAAACUUGGGUCGAUGCUUCUGUUGAGUCAAGUCUAGAAGACCUUCCAAGCCAAUCUUCAACCUCGGAAUUCUCAUUAAAAUCUGCAGGCCCUGAAGUUGAUGUCAUAAAGCAAGCAUCAAGUUCAUCUGAGUUUGCUCCUUCUAGCGUCACCUUGCUCCCAGAAGUAACUCAAGUUGAUCUGGGGGAGAUGCCACCGUUGCCUCCCUUACCUCCUAUGCAGUGGAGGAUGGGGAAAUUUGGCCAGGGCUUGUUUCCAUCAAUGCAUCCGUUUGGAGGUAAUGAGAAUGCUCAAGUUAAUUUUCCAGUAUUUCAGGGUGGGAUGCAGCCGCCUCAACAUCCAUUUUUUCCUCUCACCAUUGAAGAGAAUGAGAAAUCUCUGCAUGUUGCUGAGCCUUUAGUGGGUAAUUUGGUACAGCCUCCUACAUAUUCGAUGCAGUUACCAAGAAUUGUUAAUGAUGCCAAUAGUCAAUACAAUCCCUUUACUUUUGGUGGAACACAAUCCCUGAACCCAUUCUUAACAUUACCAGAGGUUUCUAGUGAGAGAUAUGAGCACAGUAAUCUUGCUGUAGAGAGAGAUACAAUGCAUUCCGGUUCAAAUUUCUUGUCACCGACAGUGCCCACUGAAAGUACAAGCAGACAAAAUCAUGCUGACUCACAAGAUGUGAGCCAGCUUAUGAACGAAGUAGGUCCUCCUGAAACAGGUGUUGAUACUAUGGAGAAUAAGCAAUUAUUGAAGAAUUCAGAAGAAGAACAAGGAAAUUCAUUGCCACCUCCAACCAUGGUAGAUGAACAGGCUCGGCUUAGUUUACUGAUGCCAGAGGGAGAAAAGACCUGGUUGUCAACUAAUUCUACUAUGAUGCCAGACUCUGAGGUUGAGAGACCAAAUGGACAUCUAGUGAACAAGCUCCCUCGUCCUAGGAAUCCCCUUAUUGAUGAAGUUAAUGCACACGGCAAAAGCAAGUUGAGAAAGGUAGCUGAAAGAGUUCGGCCUCAGAAUGGACCAAAGACAGAUGAAAGAGACUCAUUACUUGAACAGAUACGCGCUAAGUCCUUUAAUUUGAAGCCUGCUACAUCAACAACAAGGCCUAGCAUGCCUGGUCCCACUCCUAAGACCAAUUUGAGGGUUGCUGCAAUCUUGGAGAAAGCAAAUGCGAUUCGCCAGGCAUUGGCAGGAAGUGAUGAUGAAGAUGAUGAUAAUUGGAGUGAUUCUUGAAAAAAAAAGAACUAAUUUUACAGCUGAGAAAGGUAACUGGGUUAGGGGACCAUUAUUCUCUGCUCUUUAGUGCAAGUAGUAAUUCUAUAUGUAUCUCCUUUCAACUCUUCUUUUCCUAUUCAAUGUUGAUGUAAUAUACACCACCCAUUCUCACUUCUUCUCAAAAUUCCCUCCUUUCUUUCUAUAUCGUUCUCCACAAUACCCUGUUAUUCACCAAGAGACUCUGUUCUGUCCCACUGAAAUUUGUGUGGGAAAAAAGAAAAGAAAAGAAAAGAAAAAUCAGAAUCUUUUAUACUACGAGAAGGCUCAGCGUGCAAGCGGCGGAGCUAUUGAAUAUGGCGUUGAUCGCAACAUUUGAAGAUCAUAGUCAGUGUAAAUUGUGUUGGAGUGUAUAAAUUUUGACAUGUAAAAUGCUUUUGAAUGAAAUUUUUGUAAUGUUGUAUGUAGCACGUUUUCUAUGCAUUUAUGUAUGUAUAUGUAUGUACUCAUUUAUUGGGUCUUUUUUUUUCCUCAAUUUUUUUACCGCUCCCAUUUAUGAAAGAGGCAGUUCUGGCGUUCUGUAUGGCUGGUUAAUUCAA